AUGACUCUCAUAGAAUCCAGUUCUACGUCGGCCUUCUACCUUCUGGCCAUCUUGUUCGGAAUCCUGGUAUGCACGAUUCCAUCAGCUGAAGGGUCGGUUUAUGGCACGGAUGAUCGAGGGGAGAAAGGAGGACAAGCACAAGGGGCAGUUAUGGAGACAGAACGGAUCUGCCUGUCUUAUCCCGUAUUCAAAGAAUUGAUGAUGAGAGCUUUGAGUCUCAAGUCCGAAACCAUUUCUUCGCAGAACGCUGCCAAGAGACCUGUCAAGAGACUAUUGGGGAUGGACCUGACAGAUAUGAUUGCACAUCAAGGAGACAUGGGACAGAGAUUCGAAGACCUCAUCAAAAUCAUGGAAUACAAAGGCAAGAAGUGAAAAAUGGAAGAAGAAUGCGAAGGAGAUUUUUUUUUUCGGACUCCGUCUCUUAAAUGAAUUUCCCGUUUAAACCUGACGUGUCGAAUAGGGCUGUUAGCAUAAUCGUUUGCUUUAUUCGUUCAAUGUAUUAUGACUAUUGUUAUUGGAUGAACAAUGACUAUUGUUCAUCCGAUCAUGUGGGUGC